AGGUAACCCGAACGCCCAGCCAUACCUGCAGCUGCCAUCCUGCCAUGGCCAUGGCGUCCGCCCUUGCGCUCCUCCUCGCACCCCGGCCCGUCUCCGCGCGGCCCACCUCGCCUCAUCUCCACUCCCGCCGCCUCGCUCUUCCUCCUCCCCGACCCACCACCCUCUCCGCCCAAGCCGCCACCAACCCGCGCAAGGCCGGGGCCGGGCGUCUCCAGCAGCUCCUUGCCGCCUCCUGCUGCAAUAAUUCCGCUCCGGCCGCAGGAACCAAAGGAGGAAGCGCUACCGGCGCGAAGGAUUGGCGGUUCUUCUUGGCAUGGUAUUUGAUGUCUCUUGAUAAGAAUCCGAUUGCAACUAAGGCGGUCACUUCUGCUGUGCUAACUCUGGCCGGGGACCUCAUCUGCCAGCUUGUGAUUGAUCGAGUUCCAGAGCUUGAUUUAAGGAGAACAUUUGUGUUCACAUUUUUGGGGCUUGCCCUUGUGGGGCCAACUUUACAUAUCUGGUACCUUUAUUUGAGUAAAUUAGUGACAAUCAGCGGAGCAUCAGGUGCCAUUGCUCGCCUUAUACUUGAUCAGUUCAUUUUCUCUCCCAUUUUCAUCGGCAUUUUUAUGAGCUUACUAGUCACCUUGGAGGGAAAGCCCUCUCUUGUAGUGCCAAAGCUUAAGCAGGAGUGGUUAUCGUCAGUGUUGGCAAAUUGGCAAUUAUGGAUACCGUUUCAGUUUCUGGAUUUUUACUUUGUUCCUCAGAAGUUUCAGGUGCUUGCUGCUAAUUUUGUAGCCCUUGCAUGGAAUGUGAUUUUGUCAUUUAUGGCUCAUAAGGAGGUUAUUGCGAAAUAGGUUUCACUACGAGUGUAGCUGCCCACCAGAGCAAUUAUUUCUUGCGGGAGCGAACUUCAAGAGAGAGUGGUGGCCAAUACUUGCAGGUAGAUGUAAAUUAUUGUGCAGGGGUGCGUCGUUCUGAUCAAAGUUGAAACCGGAUGUAUCAUGGUGAUGUAUAAUAUGCUGGAGGAUCAUGGAGUUGUAGGUUUUCCGGUGUGCAUUAUGUUGAUCUAUCACACCUCCUAUUUUUAGCAUUAACAUGUGCGUUAUUCUGUAUUUCUGUUA